UCACGUCCACGUCGUUGGCUUCCGCGAGGCUACUAUAGCCACACGUGAUCUCGUGGGAUAAAUGCUUUCAUCCCUUUUCUGCUCUGCUCUCUCUCGUCUGUAUAGUACAGUCGACUCUUGUCUCGAAUUUUGUCGAGAUGCAUUAUAGUAUGAAUCUUUGAACGCGUUGUGGACAUUGUACUCCAAUUAUUGGAUUGAGGGAACGGAUCUUCAGGAUAUGAAUGAGCGCCCUCCCCAUGAGACAGAGCACCAGAGAGUCUCGGGCAAUGGUCAAGCUGGAGCGCCGAUAAAGCAAGAGGCUGUCUUCACAGUCUUCGCUGCUCUGCCGACGGAGAUACGCCUUCAGAUAUGGAAUCAGAGCCUCACACCUCGCAUGGUCAAAUGGAUCCGAAAGAACGAGAGGAAUGUGUUCAGCGCGCCAACAAGAUCUUUGCCUCUUUUCGAGGUAUGCCGAGAGUCACGUGAAGCAUCAAUUCUUUACGCCUCGUACAAGAAACUACCCGGAUCCUCGGGAUACAUAUGGUUCAGCUCUUUAAUUGACUACCUCUUCUUCAAUCCUGGGUGGAUUGGCUUGGUCGACCCUGCCCACGUGACGCCUCUGGCAGACCCCCUCGAUUCCCUUCUUCCUGAGCUGGAGAAUGUCCGAAACAUCAUCGUACAUGCUAGUUAUACCGAUGACCGGAAGAAGCCUAUCACUAUGUUUGAGAAAUUCUCUAGUCUGGAACAGAUUCUCGUGGCAGGUGAGGAGAGGUCGAUUGGUACUCAAAGCAAAUUCAUGUUGGGAACUGUCUACGACAUCAAGCUAUACUAUGUCGCAAUGGUCAAGAAACGGAAGCCCGAUGUGAGAAUUCCAUACAUUGCAAUCGGUUGUUUAGGCUGGACUGGCAAUGAACGGAGACAAAUGCACCACGGCAGCGGGGACAACCGGCAACUCCUCGCUGUCUUCGACAAUCAGUCCCAAAUGAUGACGCAUUUGAGCUCUGUCAGAGAAGAGGAGUGGAGAUUCAUCCAGGAACGAAGAUCUCAGGCCAGACUCACUCUGCAUCUUCGUCGGCGAGAUGAUCCUCGAGGAACUCGUCAGCCUUCAAGUACAGGCCAAAAUACCUACCCAACUACACCUGACCUACCUUCUUAUGACGAUACAAUUUUCCCGAAUGGGCAUCCGAACUCUGAUUCAGAGGAUUCUCCUGUUGAAAAUAAGAAGCCCAAGAAGCAGAGCAGGUGGCAUCAAGUGAAGAGAUGGAGCAGGAAGCUACUACGUGCCUGAUGUUGGGGUCCUUGACGAAAUUACCUUACCUUCUGGCUAUACACUACUACGAAAGGCGAAAAGUUGCCUAAGACAUAAUCAGGGAUGACUCUUCUUUGACACCUCUUCUGGCAUCUAUCCUCCGAGCAUUAUCGUCUGAAAUUGCUCUUCCUAUACUACUGUUCUGCCCCAACACGCAAUAUAUUCAGGGAUCAAUGCCAGACCAGGAUUU